AAGUGAAGGACUGCGGUUUUACGUAAGCUGGGUGAAUACAUCUUCAUUUAAAAAAAAAAAGAAGGGUCUGACAGUAUGUCAGAUGCUGCAGUGAAACUGGCCAAAUCAGCCAAGCGGCUAAAAGACAUGGCAAUUAUAGUUUGUGGGGCCUCCAUUACAUUUGCUGGAUACUCUAUUUAUGAAGGAAAUGAGAAGUUUUAUCGUGAGAUCAUAAUGCCCCUUACACACAAAUGUUUUGAUGCGGAGACAGCUCACAGACUUGGAGUCCUAGCAGCCAAGUAUAAUAUUGUUCCCCGUAAGCAGACUAAACCAGAUUCACCAAUUUUGUCUUCAGUUGUGUUUGGGAGAGAGUUCAGUAAUCCUGUGGGAUUGGCUGCUGGUUUUGACAAGGAUGGGGAAGGAGUCAGAGGUCUGAAGAAGCUUGGCUUUGGUUUUAUUGAAAUUGGCAGUGUGACCCCAAAACCUCAGCCAGGGAAUCCAAAACCACGAGUUUUUAGACUGACAGAGGAUGGAGCUGUCAUCAAUAGGUAUGGAUUUAAUAGUGAAGGCCAUCAGGCAGUGUAUAACCGACUCAAAGACAGACUCUCGGAAGAGAAAGAUGAAUGUCUAUUAGGUGUAAAUUUGGGUAAAAACAAGACUUCUAGUGAUCCAGAAGGUGACUACACACAAGGAGUUCAAAAGUUCAGCAGACUUGCCGAUUAUCUGGUGGUCAAUAUUUCUAGUCCUAACACACCUGGGCUGAGAGACUUACAGGGAAAACAAAAGCUACAGAAUCUUCUAGACAAAGUGAUAGAAAAAAGAGAUGAGAUGGAGGUCAGGAAACCCCUCCUGGUAAAAAUAGCCCCAGAUCUGACAGACCAGGACAAAUCGGAUAUUGCAGCUGUGGUCACCUCCAAAAAGGGUUAUGUAAAUGGUUUAAUUGUAAGCAACACAACAGUGAAGAGACCAGCUCAAUUAAAGAGUCAACAUAAAAAUGAAGAAGGAGGUCUGAGUGGCCAUCCACUAGCAGAUUUAUCCACAAAUACCAUCUCAGACAUGUAUAGGUUAACUAAAGGUACAGUCCCAAUCAUAGGGGUAGGAGGGGUAAAUUCUGGGGAAGAGGCAUAUAGGAAAAUCCGGUCUGGUGCUAGUCUCAUUCAGCUCUACACAGCUCUUAUUUAUGAAGGACCUCCAGUUGUCAAGAAAAUCAAGCGGGAACUCGAGGAAUUACUCAAACGUGAUGGUUUUAAUAACAUCUCUGAAGCUGUGGGUGUUGACGUCAAGUUAUGAUGAUUUUUAAAUCUUAAUUUUUAGGUCACCUGAGUCGCUCAAUGACCUAUUGCUAUCUGUUUUUGUCCAUGUUUGUUUGUCGCACGUUGUCUGUUAACAUUUGGACAUUUUCAGCUUCUUCUCUGGAACCGUUGAACCAGCCAGUUUCAACCAAUUUUAGCAUAUAGCAUCUAUGUGUAAAGGAGAACAAAAAUUGUGAAUUUCAUGGUUACUCUGCUUUAAGAGAAAUUAUUCAAUGCAAAUAAUGUAAUUGAUAGGUAAACUAAAUAAAACAAUAAUGCAAGAAUUUUCAAUACAUAAUAGAUAAAGUACCUUCAUAGUUUUUAAUAGUCAGGUAGAAAUAAAUAUUAGAUGGUUAAAAAAAUGAGACAAAAAUACCUUAUAUACUUUUAUGUACAUUAAAUAUUAUUCAAAGACUAAGAGGGGCCAGUGAUACGUGGGGAUCAUGCUGGAUGUACUUUGUAAAUGUUGUGUUUUAUGCUUUAAAGCACUGUUUGAUGAUAGUGAUAGGAUGUAGAUAGCACUGGCAUAUACAAGCAAGUUUCUGAGUUCUUGCUGAUUACCAGUCUAACUAUUUUGUUGAUCCCUGCACCUUUUUCUCUUGUUUUUAUUUUUUGUUAUUAUAUAAUUAUUUAUAAUUCCAUGGAUCCUUUACAGGGUUGUAUGAUACUCAGGUGACCGUUAAGGCCCUUUGGUCUUUUGUUUGUUUUGUCAGUUGUACAUGCAUUUGCUAGAAUUCAUUGUACGGUUACUUUUACAUCGGUCCCAAUGGGAUAAUUAAUAGGCAUCAUGAAAUAAAUGGUUAACUCAAUAAGAAA